UUAUUUUAUUUUUCUCUCAGACAUCCAGCUUCUUAAGGAGUUAAACAGUCAAAGCUUAGCUCCGUCCUGUUCUCACUCAGAAAACGUUUCUGCAGUCAUUUAACAGUCGUCAGACAGUUAGGGUGUAGCCCUGCGACGUCAUUUACUCCAAAACAUCUACCCUCCCAGCUCGUCAUCGAACAUUCCUCAGCUCCACUCCAGAUAUAACCUGUAUAACACCAGUAACACCAACCUGUCCUGCACUUGUCAUCUUUACGUAGGUCUGUAACUCUUACACAACUGACCACUUGCAGCACAAUGGAAGUUGUCACAGCUGGAAUGUUUUUUUUUCUUUUCAUUGAUGCAUGCGGUCAUUUUGAGCGUGACACUAAUUACACAAUUAUCUUGUCUUGCUUGUUAAGACACCAGCGUGACAUCAAUGGGAAGUGUUAAAGAUCACACGCCCCUACUUCUGAGCCAUGUGGCGUAAGGAAUUUAAUAAAAGAAAAAUUUUCAGUGCUAUCAUAAUAAAUAAAUAAUGUUUAUUAGCUGAUGUUAACCAUACACUCGUUUAACGCUAGCUAACUGGAGCAUCAGUAGAUUUUAUUUCAUGCUAUUAAACACAAAAACACACUUUUGUUCUAUCCUGUCAUUUUAUCCGUAUUGUGUAAAUAACAAUAGAAUACUGUGAACAGGGCACAAGUGUGUAUUUUUAGCUUCUUACAUUCAAUUCCUACCUGUUUUUUUUAAAAAAAAAGGUGUGGCACCUUCCUUUCACCCUUAGGCCACGCCCCCUUUGGAUUACUUGUAUAGGGUUUAGAUAACACAAACAAAACACCUGACACACACUGGAGAGGAUUAUGAACACACAGAUCAUCUCACGCCACGAAAACGGUCCAGGAAGAUAGCCACACCUGACAGCUGUGUAUUUUUGGGGUGUGUAUAUUUAAGGAGCUCUGAGGAAUUCAACACUGAGCAUCAUGGUGGCCUUCCUGUGCCUCAGCCUGUCCACUCUGCUCGCUCUGGUCACGGCAGGGGGAGUAAAGAACUGCCACCCGAAGUGCCGCUGUGAGGUGGAGAGCUACGGCCUGUUCGACAGCUUCAGCCUCACCAAAGUGGACUGCAGUGGGCUCGGACCGGGCACCACUCCCAUCCCCAUUCCCUUGGACACGUCCCACUUGGACCUGUCCCACAACUCCAUCAGCUACGUCACCGACUCCAUGCUGUCAGGACCCGGAUACACGACUCUGGUCAGCUUGGAUCUCAGCAAGAACCUGAUAUCAAUAGUGAGCUCCAAAGCCUUUAACAAACUCCGCUACCUGGAGACUCUGGACCUCAGCCAGAACGUUCUAGAAAACCUCAGCGACGGAUGCUUCUCCGGGCUUCCUUUGGCCGAGGUGGAUCUCAGCGACAACAAGUUUCGUGAAUUUGACCUAAAUGUAUUCACGACACGAGGCCAGGAAACCCCAAUCAGCGUAGAUCUUUCUAACAACCUUCUCAGCACGGUUUCGAGUAACCCUCACCUCCAUGCGCCGUACAUCAAGAGCCUGUUGCUGGCAGGCAAUCAGCUCAGGACGGUGCCCAGACUUGCAGGAAUUCCCUUGCAGUAUUUGAGUCUUGAUGGAAAUCUUAUCCACAGCAUAGACGAAGGAGCCUUCGAGGAGCUGACAGAUCUCGUCUAUCUCUCUCUCAGCGGCCUCCCAGAGCUGUCAGUGAUCCACCCCAACAGCUUCAGAGGCUUGAGGAAUCUCCAAGUCCUGGACCUUUCAAACAACGUUCAGCUCAAGGCUUUAAGUCCAGAUGUCUUUAAUGGACUGAGCGCUUUGCAGGAGCUCAAUCUGUCCAAAUCGGUGGCCACUCCGUUACCAGUGACCAUCUUUAACCACAUGCCGAGUAUUAAAAGUGCGACUCUGGGGCCAAAUAUGCAUUGCUGGAAAACACACAAGCAAGGACAGUUUCAUAGGCAGAUCGGACAGGCGAAAGCAAACGACAUUUUGACUUGUGAUGUUCCAGGAAUCAUAUUGUAAAAAAAAAAAAAAAAAAAACACUUGAAAAGAUUACAAACUUUUAUUUUUAUUUUUGUGCCUUAUUUCUCUGAGACUGAUAUUUUUAUCUUGACCCGAUUUUUUGUUUUCAUUUCAAAAAACAAAAGAUUUGUUCCAGAUUUCAGUGACGUUGAUCCUCUUCAUGCGCCCGCCUACGCUGAUAAACAUCAACCGGCCGUAAUUAACCAGUACCUUCACAACACAGAUAAUUUAUCCAAAACCACAAGACUCCAUAAAAGGCAAAGCUCACAAACGGCUAAAAAGCAAUGACGACUAAAAAAACAUUCCAAUAAUGCAGCUCGGCCACAGCAGAGCAUCGGGCUACCGUGACCAUGACACCCUGCCACUUCCUGCUUGUAUUGGACAGCGCUCCAUCCUUGGUCCUGAUCGAUUUAACGGCUAGGAUUAUUUGUCUUAAUUCAUAAUUAGCUUUCUUUAAAGACAUUAAUCUGAUUAUUUUCACUAAAUUGGUGUGAAAUGAAUCAUUUAAACUUCGUCACAUUAGCGAGAAUGUAAAUGUAUAAAAAUCUCUUGAUGAAUUCCAAAUGCUCCUGUGAGAUAGCCACUUUGCUAAAUGAGGUCCACUUGAGGUUUUUGCACAUGAAGCCAACUGAGGUUCAUGAAUUUACACAUUUUUGGUGUAUUUUUAUACUGAUAUAUAUAUAUAUAUAUAUAUAAUUUACACACUACACACACACACUAUUAAGAGUUCAUUAGGAGCUCAUAUGCACUUUAAGAAGAACUGCCCUUUAUGUUCUUGUUACAUUCCUUUAAUUCUUUACCAGCUUGCCUUUCAUAACAUUACAAAAAAAACCCACUAAACUAAGGAGCUGUUUCCUUUUCUUUUGUUUUACAUUCCACCUGAGGCAACUUUGAGAACCACUUUACACAUUCUAACCAAAGCUGAAUGAAAUAUCAGUGCCUUAAUGCACCUAAAGGGCUUACUCUCGGUACCAAUGGGAUAUUUAAAGCAUUUGCACAUGUUUUGGACUUUCAGAAGCAAAGUAUUGACCGGAGUCGGGUCCAAAUCUGCUCCUAAAACCCGACUGGACUUCGUGAAUAAUUUCACACAUGCACUCACUUCAUCUUUCGCUCAUGGUAUUUAAUCAAACGUUUAAUUCCGUUCUGCAUUUCAAGUCCAAAUCAUCUUCUUUUUUUCGUUUUGCACUUUAUGAUGUAAACAGAGAUGAAUUAAAGUAACAUUUGUAAUUGUGGGUUUUGUAUAGAAUUGUACAUUUGUACCAAACUCUGUACAUUUAAUGGGUAAAUAAACUUUUUUUUUUCUUUUUUUUUUUU